AUGAAGUACUCCUUCGCUCUCGCAGCUCUUGUCGCCGUCGCCGCCGCUCAAGUCGACCCUACCAUCAUCCCCGAGUGCGCUCGCAAGUGCUUGACCGACGCCACUGCCUCGGCCACCAGUUGCAAGGAGGGCGACUACUCCUGCACAUGCCAGGCUGACAACAAGGCCGCUAUCCAGACUGCCGCCACCAGCUGCGUCAUCUCGGCUUGCGGCGUUGACAAGGCUCUGAGUAUGCUAUGA